GCAGGUGCUCCGGGACCACAACUGCCUGCAGACGCUGCUGCAGCACCUGCGCUCGCACAGUCUCACCAUCGUCAGCAACGCCUGCGGCACCCUCUGGAACCUGUCCGCCCGCAGCCCUCGCGACCAGGAGCUGCUCUGGGACCUGGGGGCGGUCAGCAUGCUGCGCAACCUCAUCCACUCCAAGCACAAGAUGAUCGCCAUGGGCAGCGCGGCCGCUCUCCGCAACCUGCUCACCAACCGGCCCCCCAAGUACAAGGACACCGCCGUCGUCUCGCCGGGCUCCUGCAUGCCCUCGCUCUACAUGCGCAAGCAGAAGGCGCUGGAGGCCGAGCUGGAUGCCAAGCACUUGGCCGAGACCUUCGACACCAUGGAGAAGCAGAGCCUGAAGAGCCAGAGCGCCAAGAAGCCAACACGGCACAUGGAGAGCCUGGUGAAGGACUAUGCCUCCGACUCCGGCUGCUUCGAUGAUGAUGAGGUGCCCAACAUUUCCACUGGUGUGGAGACAGCCAGCGCCUCCGUCCUCUCCAUGUUCCUCAACUCCUCCCCUCUCCAGGGGCAGGCGCUGCCCCGGGCGCUGGCGCAGAGGCGAUGCCCCGAGCCGGAGAAGGACGGCAGUGGCAAACCGGCCGAACCCAAGAAGCCACCGCUGCCGGAGGAUGAUGUCUCACUGGCCGCCGAGAAGUUGGCCAACAAGAUCUCCAGCACGGUGGCCAAGAUCGACAAGCUGGUGGAGGACAUCUCCACCAUGCACACAUCCUCAGAUGACAGCUUCAGCCUCAGCUCGGAGGACCACUGCCUGGACUGGCAGUACGGCCCCGAGGAGGUGCACGAGGCGCGUGCCCAGUCCUGCUCCCCGUGCCACCUCUCAGAUGCCGGUGGCUUCGCCAAGCGGGAGAGCCUGAGCCGGGCGCACACACUGCUGAGGCUGAAGACCGCCUUACCCCGCCCCCGGCUCGACCUCAAGAGCAUCCUGGGUGGCAAGCCGGAGCGGGUCGAACCCCCCGUGCUCAAGGGCAGAGACCCAGCCGAGCCAGACAAGCCGGAGCAGCGAGACCUGCCCGAACGGGCCAAGAAGACGGUGACUUUCCCCAGCCCUAAGGCGCUGGAGAAGGAACCUGAGUGGAAGAAGGAGGUGGGCAGCAAGGUCUCCCCCGACCCCCAGGUCCGCACCAUCAAGCUCUCCCCGUCCUACCAGCAUGUCCCCCUGCUUGAAAGCCUGGCCAAGAGCGGUGCGGCCGCNGGCCACCACCCCCAGCUCCUGGGCAGAAAGCAAGCCUGGCUGCCCCCCACACUGCUGCAGACAGCUGAGAACCUGAGCAAGAUCCCGGAGAAGCUGCCUGCCCACCCACCAGCCACAGCUGAGCAGGAGUCAGUGCAGAAGUACUCAGUGGAGGACACCCCAAUCUGCUUCUCCCGGUGCAGCUCCCUCUCCUCCCUCUCCUCAGCUGACAACGUGCUGGACGGGCAGAGCCACAGUGAGAAUGACCUGGACAGCGACUCCUCGCUGGAGAUCCUGGAGAUGGAGGAAGGGGACGGGGAAGGUGAGGAUGGGAGCCAGGAAAAGGAGAAGGAGGCAGAUCCGGGUCUGGCCACGCCGGUGGGGAUUUCCCAGCCCAUCACCAUCCCCUUCCCGAAGCGCGACAAGGUCUUCCUGCGGGAGUCAUCACCAUCACGCCAGGAGGACCUCACGCCCUCGAGCUCCUCAGAGAACUACAUCCAAGAGACGCCACUGGUGAUGAGCCGCUGCAGCUCCGUCAGCUCCCUGGGCAGCUUCGAGAGCCCUUCCAUCGCCAGCUCCAUCCAGAGCGACCCUUGCAGCGAGAUGAUCAGCGGCACCAUCAGUCCCAGCGAGCUGCCCGACAGCCCCGGGCAGACCAUGCCGCCCAGCCGCAGCAAGACACCCCUCUUCGAGCUUGGCUGCCAACCGGAGAAGGAGACCAGCCAGUUCAACAUCCAGUGGGAGAACAACGUCAAGAAGUUCAUGGAGAUCACCGACUUCAAGGAGCGCUUCCAGCUGCCCCAGGACCUGGACUCCAUGGUCUACUUCACGGUGGAGAAACCCAACGAGAACUUCUCCUGUGCCUCCAGCCUGAGCGCCCUGCCCCUCCACGAGCACUAUGUUCAGAAGGACGUGGAGCUCAAGCUGAUGCCCACCUUCCCAGAGAAGAACAGCCUGAAUUUUGUGGCACAUGAGAAGCGGGAGGAGCGGCGGGAGGAGCGGUACCUGGAUGGCCGGCGACGUGCCGACCGCCCUGAGCCCCCCUCCGAUGACGACAUUGAGAUCCUGAAGGAGUGCAUCAGCUCCGCCAUGCCCUCCCGCUUCCGCAAGGUGAAGACCUCACUGCUCUCCGGCCAGGUCCUGCACCCCCAGACGAAGAAGCCGGUGCACGUCCCCGUCUACAUGCUGGUGCCGGCCCACACGCACCCCGGUGUCCCCAAGCACCUGCGUGCCACCGCCCGCGACCUCUUCAAGGACGACGACUCCUUCACCGACUCGGCCGACGGGACCCCCGUCAACUUCUCCAGCGCCGCCUCGCUCAGCGACGAGACCCUGCGCUACCCGGCCACCGAGGAGGCUGAACGCCCCCGCGGCCCGGGGCGGCGCCAGACCCCCCUGAAGAGCGGACCCAGCCUGGAGCUGGAGGUGGGGAGGACCAGCGGUCCCACCGGGAGGAAGGAUGCUCCUCAGGAGGACGGGGUGGCCUUCCAGUCACUGUGCCACACCACACCGACGGAGGAAGCCGUCUACUGCUUCUACGAGCAGGACUCGGACGAGCUGCCCGAGGUGGGCAGGGAGGUGUCCGGCAGCAGAGCCCAGCCCGGCCGGGCACCCAGGAGGGAGGGCUGGGGUGGCUCCAUCCCCCGGAGGGAUCCCGAGCCCGUUCCCCGACCGGUGAAGGCAAAACCACAAAACAACCUCAUCGCCGAUGAGACGCCGCCGUGCUACUCCCUCAGCUCCUCCAUGAGCUCCCUGAGCGACGCCAACCUCUCCGACGGCGAGGAGCGGGGCCAGCCCUGCGGCAAAGCCCCCCGGCCGCGGUCGUCAGGGUGGGGACAGACCGCCCGGAUGGCCAAGGUCUGCGUGUCCGCCCCGCGGUCCUGCAGGCUGUGCAGCCCCACCAUCACCUUCGUGACGGACCUCGUCCUGCCCCACGGCAGGAGGCGGUGUCAGUGGGAGCACGGUGCCGGCCACAGCCCGGUGCCGGCCACAUGGAACCCCACCGAGACCCUCAUCCCCAUGGCGGGCAGGAUGCGGCCGCUCUGA